CACAUCGAAAUACUCCACCUUCAUCCCAUGUCCUUGUUUCCACCUUGGCGAAAGGGCGGCCGCAAUCCGAACCGUAGGCGUAGCGCAACCUAAACCGCAUAUAGUUACGAAUGGAUACAAACGAUACAAACAUCGGUCUCCAUUUGCCUAUCUGCUACUACGACUACUACGCUACUUGCACUACUUACACUAUCUACUACAUACCCUUAGAAACUUCAACGCUUUUAUGAGACAUGACAACGAUUUCGGCUUCCAGUGCCUUCUCAAUCGCUUCAACCUGUGUAUUUUUGCGCUUUUGUCUAUUUAACCAUUGUGCACGAGUUCUUCAUCAUUAAGGCUGGCUAAUUUGUGUCAGCCCAUUCUUUAAAAUUGGUCGCUCGUUCUAGUCCAAUACGCCCGACUAACUUGUCACGGUAUCAUACAUACGAAGACCUCAUUCGCCCGAUCGGACGUUCGUUUCUCUCCAUGAACGACACCAUAAUCUUGUCCCAGAAGGUGGGCAUUUGGUCGGGUCUGCCACCAUGCUGAGCAGCUCCGCGACACCGACUCAGAAGUCGUUAGCCUCGCAACCGACACACUCAGUAAAUUCCCCAGUCGCUGCUUCGCGACCAAGCCUCGAUCGAGAUGGCGGCCUGCGACCGCCCGCCGAUGGCGCCCGAAACCUCAACCUCUCCUCCUCGACCGCCUCAUUCGCUCCGAGAGGUUCGUCCCUGAAUCCGUCCUCGCAAGCACCGGGUAGUUUUAGUUCCGACCUUCGUAGCCAAACUAUGCAAUCCAGAGCUGGUUCUAGAGCCGACGUAUACGUACGCGAUAAAUUAGACGAAGAUGACGAUUCGAUCGCUGAGAAUACUCUCAAUGCGCUGAAGGACUCGCUCAGUCGAGAAAUGAAAAUCAAGGAGGGGAGUGAAAAUAUGCUGGAAGCUUUAAAUACCAAGAAAGCGAAACAAACAAAAGAGCAACGUCAGAGGGUGGAAGCUGAGCUUACAGCUUCGAAUACUAGAAUAAAGGAGUUAAAACAGAGGAUCACCGAUGCGCAAAGGUCUAAAGCGGUGCCUAGUACGCCCACAAGGACCCGAAACGAAGGAUUGCUACAAAAUACCGGUCUACGAUCGCCUCCAAGUGCAUCCAGGAGCGGUGCCGGAUCCGAUUUCGAGGAGCCGACAGAAUCACCGACAUUUGUGCUUGCAGAGAUCCUACAAGCUCUCGAAGUCGAGGGCAUGACGCCCGAAUACUACGUUGAACGUGCAAACAAUCUUGUAGAUCUUUUCAAGAGGUAUCCAACACUAAAAUAUGAUUUGGUUUGGUCCGUGUUUGGUGAUAGGAUGCAGGUCAUGUUGCUCAGUAAUAGCAGGGAAGUCGUGGCAGCAGGGUACCGAAUGCUCCGAUACGCCAUUUCUGAUAUUGCGUCUCUCAAGAAAAUCCGCGGUCUGAAUACAGAUUUUAUGGUGGUCGUAUCUCUUGCCAAGGACCGCAAGGCCGACGUGGAACGCGAGCAGGCUCUCAAGUUCGUUCGUGCUUUUCUGGAUGUGAAAGAUGGUGUUCGUGAGGUGUCCAGGGCGGUGGUUAGGACGAUCGCAGCGGUCGCAGAGCAGGCUGAAGACCGGCUGCGGCCCAUCUGCAUCGAGACCCUUGCCGAGAUCCUUUUGCGAGAUCCCGCACUGCUUGUGGCAUCUGGCGGCCUAUCGCCGAUGUCAGAAGCCCUCGCCGAGGGCACUUACAAAUCUCCCGAAUCAUUAUCGUCGGCUUUCCUCUUUUUACUGGAUGCACCUCACACGCGCAGGUAUUUGCGAGCUGGCUAUGAACUGGAGGUUAUGUUCACAGCCUUUACCGACGUAUUAUUCUCCUACGAAGGAGUCGUGAAACAGAAUUCGAAAGCGAUUGCCUCUGCAUUGAAAAGCUGGUCUGGUCUGAUGACUCUGUCCAUGUACAAUUUCAGAGCAAUCGGCUCUUUAAUUUCAAGUUUGAUGCUGCCUAACCCGGUGAUCCGGGAUACUGUGGUGGAUCUCCUCUAUUCCCUUCUUCGAAUAAAGCCUCCCGCAUGGGCUACCUCAUAUCUUGCUGGGCGACGUUUAACGACGUAUGGAAGAGUCACAACUUUGAAGUCUUCGACAACGAGCAAAGAGGAUACCAUUUAUGAAGAUGAUGGGGCUGAACAGAACUUCGUGGAGCAUUAUACCGCACUGCUUUUGGCUAUUUUCAUUAAGGCUGGGAUGAUGCCUAAUCUACUCCGAGUGGCACAGGACACCGAUGACCCUAUGAUGAAGCGUAAAACCACUCUGCUUAUCGGCGAGGCGCUCAAACUUGCAAGCAGAAUAUUACCCCCUUCAUGGAGUAGUGAACUCCAGUUGUUACCAGAAUUGUUUGCAGCUGCAUCACAUUUCCAGGAUGAAGCGCAUUUCAAUGCGACCGGCAUAGUCUACCAAAUCAGCAGUGUGAGUCGGACGCUAUACCGUUCAUCUCCAUCUGGUUAUGCUGCUGGCUACCUUCCUUCUAGCAGUAUGCUUGAAAACAUGGGUCAUGUUGAUGAAACGCCCAAAGCCAAUCCCGUUGUCAACACCGAUGACGCCACAUUCCGCCAAUUGUUGAUAGAUUCGGGGGUUCUUGGACAUUCAAACCCUUCCAAGUGGAAUUGGGAUGUUGUUCUUAGGAUACUUGAAGGUCCGUUGAUGAACGGUAAACGGUUAGAAGAGGCAAUCAAAGCGUCGAAAUUUGCAAAGAGGCUCGUUGGUUUUUACCGACCAUUCAAAUUCAAGUUCUCGGAGAUAAAAAGCACGCGGAACACUCAGAAGUAUGUAAGGGUUGGCUGCGCCUUAAUCCACACACUGCUACAAACCGCAGAGGGGACAAAGUACCUUGCGGAUAAUAAGCUACUGAGACAGAUUGCUGAAUGCCUAGCUCAGUGUGAUCCGACCAGUGGUCUAACCGCGCAGUACCCCAUGUUUUCGAGAGAUCGCCUCACCGAUACGUUAUGCGGCGGUUAUUUCCCCAUGCUUGGGGUUCUGAGUAGCGAUCCGAGGGGACUACAGAUGCUCGAGAGAUGGCGGAUUUUUAAUAUGAUGUAUCAUAUUAUCGAUUUCAAACAAAGGCCCGAUCUCAUCAAAAUGCUCCUCGCCAAUCUCGAUUACAGCCUCCAGGGUCACCCACGUGUACUUUUGUCGAAGGCCUUGACAGCCGGCACGAAAGACAUGCGAAUACACGCCACUAACGUACUCCGAAAAUACGCGACAAGGCAACGAGUCACACCAACAGGUCAGGUCAUUUCCGACUCAAAAUGGGCAAUUCAAUUACUCGUUACGCAGCUCUACGACCCCGAAGUUGAGGUUUGCGCCACAGCCGUCAAAAUUCUAGAGAAGGCUUGCAAUAGCAAAGCUCUAUUAGAAUAUAUCGUAGAAUGUCGUCCUGCACUGGAUCACCUCGGUGAAAUCGGGGCACCUCUCUUACUCCGAUUUUUGUCUACUUCCAUCGGCUAUCACUACUUAGAUGGUUUAGACUACAUUAGUAAUGAAAUGGAUGACUGGUUCCUCGGACGAAAUGAUACGUAUGUCAGUCUUAUUGAGGCGAGCUUGGCACGUUCUUUUAUCGACACCCACGAAGACCAACCGCAUCGCCUCAGCAUCUACGAGGAUGAGCUGGAUACCGAUCAGGAUAACCAUGUACCGCCUCACUUCUACCGCGAAUUAUCACGAACUAAAGAAGGUUGCAAGCUGCUUGAAGAUAAAGGCCACUUCGAAGAGUUUGCCGCAACCAUUAGGGAAUACGGGAUGCAGUCAGAAGACCCGGAACUCAUCACAAAGGUCAAAGGCUGUUUAUGGGCGGUGGGAAAUGUCGGCUCUAUGGAACUUGGUGCGCCAUUUUUAGAGUCGACCGACGUUGUGGAACACAUCGUCGAGAUCGCCGAGUCCCAUGAUGUGAUGAGUCUUCGAGGUACCGCAUUUUUUGUCUUAGGUUUGAUAUCAAGAUCGACGCACGGACUUGAGAUACUCGCCGAGCGUGGCUGGGAGUCCAAUACUACCCCGCUCGGAAUAUCACUAGGGCUCUGCGUCCCCUCAAACCUUUCCAAACUGUUUUCAUGCAAGCCUUGGAAGCACGAAAUCCCAGCAAAGAUUUCGCUUCUAGAUACGCAGAAAACGAUAUUGGAACCGGCACCUGUGGAAAUUAAUGAAGAAGAUGAAACGAACCGGCGCAUAUUGGAACUUAUGACCGAGUUAGGUAACAUGGUGCUCUACAAAAAAGCAAAAGUCGAGCUAUUCCAGUUGCGGCAGAAGAAGGCUGCAGGUUUCCGACAACCCGCUCUAUUCCGCAAGGUAAUGGCUUUGAUGGAGUGCCACCAUUACAGAUUACCGGACCGCCACCUAGUCAUCGAAUUAUUUGAUAAGUGCGUUCUAAGACAAAUCGUCUACGGUGAAGAAAGUAGCGACGAGUCCAUGAGUAGCUCCGGAGAUGAACAGAGGACAGAAAGGCAGAGAAGUAUCAGCGACCCAGCUGAAUUGGAGAAAACAACAGCGAGGAUUCAAAAAGCAUCGAUUUAGCAAAAUUUGGGAGUAAGGUAAAUGGGGUUUGUUUGUAAGGAGUGAAGGGAUAUCUGGAUACGACAAGAUAGUCUGUUUUUUUCUUCGACAUGAACCAAAAUCCUGUAAGAAUAUAGACGCGACAUGACAAUCUCAGGACUUCUACGAUCGUCCAUACCACAUACAAAGCACAUUGAAGGAGUGGGGGUGGCUUUUUUCUUGCAUAUUUGGUUGGGGGGUAGGCGGGUGGCUGGACGAAUGAAUGGCGCGAGGACUUAUCUUGACAGACAUAUUACGAUCCAAAUGUACUAUUACCAACCUCCCCCUUUUAUUUUUCUUGAUUCUAUCCUCUUGAGAUCUAUGGAUAGGAUGAGGGCCUGGGUAAAUGGUGGCGCUCGGGGUGGCUUUAAGUCUGUUCGGGCAUUUCCUUCCAUGAUUCGGCGUUUAGGAGUGCGGUGAAUGAAUGGCCUUAUUAUCGAAGGCGUGGAGAGAGGAGUACCAAAAGCGUGUGCGUACGUAUUAAACUACGUAUAAAAGAAAAGCGAGAGCCGAAUAUGAGUGAGUUUCAACUAUUU